AUGAACUUUGAGAGCACUCACUAUACUCCGAAUGACCCGGUUGAUUUAGGAUUAGAGCAUUUGUGUGAUUCCAAUCAAGAUAUCCUUGAUAAUGCUCAUAUUACCUCUACUAUCAAUGCCAAUGGUCGCCAACCGAAUUCGAAGUCUGCCGAUGAUUCUGAGUCUUCAAAGCGACUCUUAAAUCCUUCUUCUUUUCCUUUCUCUUCCUCUGGGAUAGUGGGAGAGCGGUUCGGCCAUUCUAGAAGCUUCACCGGUUCGAAUCCACCUUCUUUGAAUCCUGCCUAUACCUCGAGUUCAAGUCCAUCAAUCCUUCCUCGUACUAUCUCUUCUACCCACCAACAUUAUCCAUCCAUGCUCCGUUCUCCAUACUAUGCCGGAAAUAGAAGCCAUCGGAGUGACAAUAAUUUAAGCAUUUAUCCUCAUAUCACUCGACCCCGCGAAAGUUCAGACUUCACUCGUAAUUAUCAGAAGAAGUCUUUGGAUCCAUAUUAUGCAUACGAAAAUUCGUACUACAAUCAUGCCGAUUCAGACUUAUCUUUGCUAAACGACAAGUCGUCGCAUUCUAUGAUAUCUAUGCAUCAUUCUGAAGAAGAAAGUGACAAUGAUACCGAAUUUUCCGAGUCUGCUUAUCCAGAGUUUGACAUUGAUGCGUUUUACAAUGUCCCGAGCAUUUUGUUUAGUGAACUUGAUCUCCAAAAUCCCGAGAAACGGGAGCGUCUUGAGUGGCAUAUGAUGCUUUCUUCUGUGUUAAAAGGAGACGUCAUGCAGUCCGAAAAGAAGAGAAUGAAUAGUACGAAACACACUGGUUAUAGUAAACAAAACAUCACAGACAUCUGGCUAGGACUUCAAGCAUGGCUCCACGGUCGUCUUAUCGAAGAUCAAGCUGAAGUUAUCCGGAACAAACGGGAAAAUGUCGAUUAUGUCUUACAGGAGGUUAUAAAUUUUGAAGUUAAACCUAUAGAGUUUUGCCAAAACCCUGCAUUCGAGCAGGUUGCAGAAAUCCUUGGUAAAGUCGAAGAAUGUGAAAGUUACUAUAUUUCUAGCCGCAAAAUGAGAGAAGACGUUCCGUUAUACGCUUCCAAAGAAUUUAACGACAAGUUGAAUGCUUUAAUAUCGUGGAGUAAUGUAAAGGAAAAUGUCCGAACAGAAACUGUAAUUCUUCAAAGAUGGGUUGGGAACGAAACAUUUGAUUUGACUAGCCAAAUUACUAACUCACCGUCCUUCGUAGAACGGAUAUUUCGACAGUUUGGUUUACAAAAGACAUUCGAGCAAAGAACGCUGACUACUCUGAAUCGCCUUAUUCAUCAGGCAAAACAAACAAUUGUGGAGAAUGCUAAAGUUUUUGAGGAAAUGAAACUUCCGACGUACGGUGCUGAACUGAGGGCUUUGGUCGAUUUUCCAAUAAAAUUAGUGGAUGAAGCUCUACGUAUUCGAUUGAUGUACGCCAAAAAAGUUAAAGGGUCGAAUUCAUUCAUGGUGGACUCUUUAUUAGAUGAUUUUAAAAUUGCUUUAUCGGUUGCUGUACGUGUCAAAUUAGAAUAUAUUGACAUAGCAAGUCCGUGUUUAGGUUGGGAUUUGCCUCAAGAUGUUGAUGCCUGUUACAACGAUAUCUUGUUGGAAUCUUUAAAGUUUUAUUAUAAGCUGCUUGCUAUGAAAUUGAAUUCUUGCAACAAAAACCUAUAUUUUAAAGAAAUAGACUUUCUAGAGAAUGAAUGGGCUUUCCUUGAUAAAUAUGUGGGAUGGAUCGAUGGUGGAGUUUACCAAAUGGCUAGUCAUUUCGGUUAUUUAUUGAACCGUCUUCUAAUAAAUGUGCAUCGACAUCUUGAAGCUCAUUUGAGAGGGCCUGAAGAGCGUUCAACGAUGUCUCUGACAAAUUGGUUCACAACGCUUCUUAAGAAUACGCAAGUUCGGUUUCGUAAAAUCUUGCGUUUUUACGAUGUGUAUAACUCUCGUUUACAAAACUCUGCUGAAUAUGUUGUUCACGAAAAUUGUUUAAAUGAGAUGGUUGACCGUCUGUCCUCAACUGGCCAUUUUUUGACGUAUACGGCCAAUUUGGAGCGUGAUGGUGUUCUCAUCAUUGCUGAUGCAACUUUAUUAGAAAGACCAGAAGCGAUUAAAUCCUUAAUUGUAAGUGCCACGAAUAAUGAUUUGGAAUUCACCAAGAAAAAUAAAUCAUACGUUUUAAUUCUUUCUACUAAGCAGCCAUUACUUUGGAAAGGGAGAAUAAUAAAAGUUGAUAUUCCUGAUUUUCACGUUGACCUAAAAAACAAUCACAUACGGAUUGUUACUUCCAAUAAUGCUGCUCAUUUACAAGAUGCAAAGGCUGUAUUCCAGGAUCUAAACACGGGUUUGGUGAGCCUCCGCAUUAAUUGCCGAUCUAAUAUCGCACGCGUUUACAAGGAGUAUAUUCGAUUUAACAAACUUUGCAUUCGCAUCGCUUCUACUGUUCUCGAUAGUGUUACCUAUGUCCGAAGGGCGUGUAAAGGUAUGGAAUGUUCGGAUUUAAUAUAUAGUGCCUUUGCUUUUGCAGCAGAAUUUAGUCAGCGUAGUAUGCGUUUCUUAAAUGUUGACUCCUUAGACAAUCAUCUUCAGAAAAAGACUAUGAUUUUUGCGAUUGAUUGGAUUGCUUUUCUUUGUGAGGAGUGUGAUCCUCUCGAUAGAAAAACGUUCCGCUGGGCUGUUGGUGCCUUGGAGUUUCUAAUGGUCGUAUUGCAUGGGACAAAUAUAUUGAUGCUCGAGGACUCCAACUUUGAGAGACUGCGUGAUAAGGUAGGUAAAACCAUGUCUCUGCUACUAAAUCAUUUUGACAUUCUUGGCGCUAAAUCUAAAACAAUUGAUUUUCAUGAGUUGGAAGUUGGGGACAUGGAUAACUCCUCAAGAAUUUACCUGAAUUACGGUAAUGUUGAAGAGGAUGAAACGAUUUCGGUUUUGCAAAAGGAAAUGAUGCAGCGAAUUGAAGAGAUUGAUGCUGAACGAAAUGCAAAGUUACAUGAGCGAUUAGCAAUUGGCCAUGUGCUUGAUGUUUCGGUAUACCGAAACAGAGACUUUAUCAAACUAGCUUCAUCUUUAUCCAAUAUUACAAUUCGUUGGCAACAAGGUCAAUUUGUUAAAAGCGGAAUGUUCGGCGACGUAUACAGCGGUGUAAACCUUGAUACAGGUGAUCUUUUAGCCGUUAAGGAAAUUAAAAUUCAAGACAGUCGUUCUCUUAAAAGUGCUGUUGACCAAAUUCAUAACGAGAUGACUGUGCUAGAAAAACUUAAUCACCCAAACAUAGUUUCGUAUUAUGGUGUGGAGGUUCAUAGAGAAAAGGUCUAUAUUUUUAUGGAAUUAUGUCAAGGAGGAUCUUUGGCAGAUUUGCUUUCUCACGGCCGUAUAGAAGAUGAAGCAGUCGUUGGCACAUAUGUUUUGCAGUUACUGGAGGCUUUAUUUUAUAUGCACUCACGGAAUGUUUUGCAUCGUGAUAUAAAACCAGGUAAUCUUUUGUUGGAUAGUCAUGGGAAUAUUAAAUUAAGCGAUUUCGGUUCAGCGCUCUAUGUACCACCUCCAGAAGAUUCUACAGUUGGUAUCGAAGAUAUUCAGCUUGAGAUGCAUAGUUUGGCUGGAACCCCGAUGUACACAGCCCCGGAGAUUAUCGUAGGAACUAAAAAAGGAAGGUUUGGUUCUAUGGAUAUUUGGGGACUUGGAUGUGUGGUUUUAGAGAUGUUGGCUGGAUGCACUCCUUGGAACCAAAUGGACAAUGAAUGGGCCAUUAUGUAUCACAUUGCGGUAAUGCAUACCCCAACAAUUCCUUCGAGCUAUCAAAUUACUAGUCUUGCUAGGGACUUUUUAGAACGCUGUUUUGAUUGUGAUCCAGAAAGACGUCCUACUGCCCUUGAACUGUACUUGCAUCCUUGGGUUACCAAGUUGCGUGAAAAGAUAGGAAUUGCAGUUCCUAUUGAAAUGCAGGAGCUAAUAAAUACGCAUAAUGAACUGGCUAUGGAAAAUGAACGUAAUAAGAAGCUGAAUGACAUGUUAGCGGCGGAGAACGAUGAAAAUAUGAAGAUUGUUGAAAAUGCUAUUCCGCCAAUUUCUCCUUAUUCUUUAGACAAGGUUGUGGACGGAUUGAAUGCAGUCGAGUUGGAAGAUGAAAGUCAAAGGUCACCUUUUUCUGAUUCAGAAUCCGCUACUUAG